AUGAUUCCUGAACGUGAAGAGUCUACAGAAAGAUUGCCGAGGAAAUUCAGACCUCAAGUUGAAGUGCAUCUGAAGAAGGGAGUCGCAAAGUCGCAGCUAGAGGGAAAACUUCCAGAGCUGGAGGCCUUCAUCAAAAAGCAAAAAAGUCUUCGGAACUGGAUUCCAAUGCUGAUGCAAGACUUAGUUGUGAUCGAUGAACACAAGUGUUUUGCUGAGCUAAUCCAAAGCAUCAUGGUUGGUUGCAUGAACUAUUCCGAUGCUUAUCCACUUGAUGAUAUUCUGGAUAAAAUAAGUUUGUGCGAUCAAAAUGUGCACUUUUACAAACUCCACUGUGAUGGAGCAAUGUCGCAAUCUCUCUCAGUCGAUGAAAACUCGGACGAAAACGCAAUGGGAUCACUUCUAUGGGAGUUACCAUGUAUGGAAUUUGAAAAUUUGUGGGAAAAUCUUAUCUACGACACUGAUGUCAAAAAUGAGCUCAUGUCAUAUGUACAUGCCUUAAUCCAGCUUUCUGACAAAGGCGCCGACAUGAAAGUGAUCAACGUAAAUCGACUCAUUAUAUUACUAGGUCCUCCUGGGACGGGUAAAACAACCCUUUGUCGAGGUGUAGCUCAACAUUUAUCAAUCCGUUUGAACGCGAGGUUUUCAACAUCGGUAAUGGUGGAAAUUAACAGCCACAGUCUUUUUUCAAAAUGGUUUUCCGAGAGCGGAAAGCUUGUUCUCAAAAUGUUUGAUCAAAUAGACGAAAUGGCUGAAGACGGCAAAUGUCUUGUAUUUGUACUGAUUGAUGAGGUAGAAUCGCUGGGAAUGUCGCGUGAUGCGUCGACGAGUCGAGGAGAUCCAGCUGAUUCGAUAAGAGCCGUAAACGCGCUUCUUACUCAAAUUGACAGAAUCAGAAGACGCCCGAAUGUGAUCGUCUUGUGCACUUCAAAUCUUGAAGAUUGCUUGGAUCGAGCAUUGCUGGAUCGUGCAGAUGUAGUAAAACACGUAGGACAGCCAUCUGCUGUUGCCCUAUAUUCCAUUCUGGCCAAAUGCAUCGAGGAACUCAUCAGGAUAGGAGUAGUUGGCACAGAUGAGCGGCUGCCUUCUAUCAGGGAGCUCAAAGACCAAGAAACGCUUUACCCUGCUGGAUGUGAGCUGUUGGAACUAGCGAAGCUUGCGCAAGGGCUCAGUGGACGAUCCAUACGACAAGUACCUGCGCUGGCAUGGUCUAAAGCUGAUGGGGAGUCUGUCACACUCCAAGCAUGUCUCUCUCUAUUCAAAGAAGCGAUUCUAGAGAAAGCUGAACGAUGUAAAUAAUCAUUCUCUUAUCUCAUAAUAAUAUAAAGUGACAUCAUUGAUUUAUUGUAUUGAAUAAAUAAAUAGAUGUGAUUGUUCAA